UUGCUCAACACCCCGCCAAAUUUCUUCACUGCCACUUUCUCUCUCCUCCACUCAGAACUGAGAAGAAGAUGGCUACGAUGUCGUUUCACACUACACUCCUACUGAGUAAAGUUGCACCGAGUUCACUCAGUUUGACUCGUCGGAGAACAAUACUUUCUUGCACAGUUUCUUCUCAAAAUGGUCCGAUUCAACUCAGUAAAAGUUGUGGGUCACUGAGUUACAAGACUCGGAGAUCGGCUAUGGUUGAAGAUAGAGGAGAGAGAUUGGAAACUAUUUCUGAGUCUGAUGUUAAAUAUGAUGAUGUUGAUGAUGAUUCUGUUGAUUCUUUGGAAAAUGAAGAGAUCGUACAGACAAUUCCCAAGCUGCCAGAACGGGAUUUUGCUGGAACACCUUAUGUCCCUGUUUAUGUGAUGUUGCCAUUAGCUCUCGUUAACAUGAACUGUGAGCUGGUGGAUCCGCAUAACCUCAUGAAGCAACUAAAAGUUUUGAAGUCAAUAAAUGUUGAUGGUGUUAUGGUUGAUUGCUGGUGGGGCAUAGUAGAGGCACUUGCACCACAGCAAUAUAAUUGGACUGGUUACAGGAAACUAUUUCAAGUCGUACGUGAUGUUGGACUUAAGUUGCAGGUUGUUAUGUCUUUCCAUGGAUGUGGAGGUAAUGUUGGGGAUGAUGUGAAUAUCCCACUCCCACAUUGGAUCACAGAAAUCGGUCAAAGUAAUCCAGAUAUAUACUUCACGGAUCGAGAAGGUAAACGCAACACUGAAUGCCUCUCAUGGGGAAUAGACAAAGAACGUGUAUUAAGAGGCCGUACUGCAGCUGAGGUUUACUUUGACUAUAUGAGAAGCUUCCGUGUGGAAUUUAAUGAGUUCUUUGAGGGUGGAACCAUCUCUGAGAUUGAGGUUGGGCUAGGUGCAUGCGGGGAGCUCCGUUAUCCAUCCUAUCCCGCAAACCAUGGUUGGAAGUAUCCAGGCAUUGGUGAGUUCCAGUGCUAUGACAAGUAUCUAAUGAAGAGUCUGCAGAAGGCAGCUGAAGUGAGGGGACAUCUAUCUUGGGCUAGAGCACCUGACAAUGCAGGUUCUUAUAAUUCUUGGCCAGACAAGACAGAUUUUUUCCGUGACGGUGGCGAUUAUGACAGCUAUUAUGGUAGAUUCUUCCUGAAUUGGUACUCAAAGGUUCUGAUUGAUCAUGGAGAUCGUGUACUUGCCCUGGCUAACCUAGCCUUUGAAGGGUUCAGCAUUGCUGCAAAGCUGUCAGGCAUUCAUUGGUGGUACAAGACAGCCAGUCAUGCUGCUGAGCUGACUGCUGGGUUUUACAAUCCCUGCAAUCGUGAUGGCUAUGCUCCAAUUGCAGAAAUGUUGAAGAAACAUGAAGCUGCUCUGAACUUUACGUGUGUGGAAUUACGCACCUUGAACCAACACGAGGAGUACCCGGAGGCCCUAGCAGACCCUGAGGGGUUGGUUUGGCAGGUCCUGAAUGCUGCAUGGGAUGUUUGCAUACCAGUUGCUAGUGAGAAUGCUCUUUGUUGUUAUGACAGAGAGGGUUAUAACAAAAUAUUGGAAAAUGCUAAACCUCGAAACGAUCCUGACGGAAAGCAUCUAUCAGCUUUCACUUAUCUCAGGCUCAAUCCUGAUUUAAUGGAAGAAUCCAACUUCAUGGAGUUUGAAAGAUUUGUCAAGAGAAUGCAUGGCGAGUCAGUCCCAGAUCUUGAUUGCCUGGUAAAUACAUCGUUGCAUGAAAGUCAGGAGCCGGAUUUCGGACUUCCAUCUGAAGCUACUACGCUGCAGGAGACUAAGAGCCUACUAUGAAGAAUAGAAAAUCAACUCCAGGUUUCAUACAGUUCCACUUGCUAAUCCUAUCCUAGGCCUCAGUUUUGAAGUAUGAAUUACACUACAAAUUAUAGGACUUGGUUAAUGUGCCAAACUUGUAAAUUGACAUGUCAUACAGACUACAGUCAAUUUUGUAUCAUUAUCUCAUAGUCUUGAGGUGUAUGUCAGUAUGUGAAAUGUGACAAAUUUAUAUUCUUAUACAAGAUAACCCAAUAAAGUCUCAUUUCCUUAUUCCAA